GUUCAUUCAUUCCAUAGUCACGCGCUGAACCGCCGGUACGAAGUACAUUUUGACGUUUCUUAGUAUAACUUGAAUCAUCGGUUGUUGUUGUUGAGUCAGUGUAUAGUGUAGCAGGAAAGUGAUGGUAGGCUGGGUGCCCGUGUGAUCGAUUGGUGUUAUGCACGCCAUGAGCGACCCUUCGGCCCUGGCUGGCAUGUUACCCUUUGACUCUAUUGGACUGUACGAACAGCCGAAGCCCAGAUUCAUCUUCAAGAUGCCGCGAGUGGUUCCCGAUCAGAAGGCGAAAUUCGAAUCCGAUGAUCUCUUUAAAAGGCUGAGCAGAGAGAGCGAGGUACGAUACACGGGCUACCGCGACAGGCCGCCAGAAGAGCGCCAAAUGCGGUUUACCAGCGGGUGCCGCGAGGGCCACACCGAGAUCGCCUUCACCGCCACCGGCACCAACCUGCAGCUGGUCUUCGACCACUCGCCCUACAACAACAGAGGCUGCGACUUCCAGAAGGAGAACGGCAAGGCCCACAUAGUGUCCAAGUUUAUAAUGAAUGGCGUGUGCGUAAGAUGGCGAGGUUGGAUUGACUUAGAGCGGCUGGACGGUGUCGGGUGCCUGGAGUUGGACGAAGAGCGUGCGGCUAUUGAGGAUGCAGCGCUGCGCGACCAGAUCGAGCGGUACAACCAGCGGCUGCGGGACUUCGAGGAUAAGCAGCGAGUAUACCGCGAGCAUGGUGACGACUUGCGCGCGCACUCGCACGCGCACGCGCAGCGAUGCCACCAGGCGCGCGCGCCGCCGCACGCAGCGCACGUCGCGCACCCCCACCCACACCCCUCGCACGCUAUCCACAUGAAGUCCCAGGGAGCUCUCAUCUCGUAAACCAAAAAGCCG